AUGAUCCAUAACCACGCAUUUGAAAAGCUGCUCGGCCUUUUAAACGUCAUUCAGGCCCGUGCUGGCACCCAAACAAGGCUUUUCUUUGGUGCGGCGGCCAGCGUCGUGACCUUGACGAUCAUCCUGAGGCAGCUCACCACAAAACAACCGAAGCUCAUAACAAACUAUGCGAAAGUAGCGAGGAAAGUCAAUGACAACGGACUUGAGUUUGACGAGUGGGACUUCAUCAUUGUUGGAGGAGGCACAGCAGGAUGUGUUCUGGCAUCACGUCUCUCUGAAAACCCGAACCUGCGGGUUCUACUCAUUGAGGCUGGCGGAAGCUCUAUGGAUGUCGUUGAAAGCAGGAUUCCCUCUGCAUUCUUGCAAUUAUUCCGCACACGAUUGGACUACAAUCUUUAUACCGAGCCCCAGCAGCAUGCAGGCAACAAGAAAAAAUAUUGGCCGCGCGCCAAACUCCUUGGAGGAUGCUCUGCUAUGAAUGCUAUGAUGGCACAAUACGGUGCACCGUCCGAUUUUGACGAGUGGGCGGAAAUUGCUGGUGAUGAAUCUUGGUCGUGGAACAAGUUCAGCAAGUAUUUCCGCAAAUUUGAGAAGUACAACCCAGACCCGCGCUUUCCACAUGUUGAUCCCCUCCUUCGUGGUGCCGAUGGGCCCGUCGAGAUUGGAUACAGCGCUCACAUCUGGCCUGGUUGUAAAGCAUUUGUCCAGGCGAGCAUGAACAUUGGCAUCCCUUUCUCGGCCGACUUCUGCACGACCAAAGGAACGAAGGGGACAAAUAAGUUAAUUUCUACAGAUCAAAAGAGCACUCGUGUGUCUACUGAGGCUGCAUACCUUACUGAUGACGUCCUCGCCCGUCCAAAUUUGACUGUCGCCACCUAUGCCCGUGUCACCAAGGUUCUCUUUGACACAUCCAUCGGAAUCCCACGCGCAACAGGUGUUGAGUUUGCCAGCAAAUCUGAUGUAGGCAAAGUCGGACCCAAGUUUCGUGUACGGGCGGCCAAGGAGGUUAUCGUCUCCGGCGGUGCCAUACACUCUCCACAGAUAUUGAUGCUUUCUGGCAUCGGUCCAGCUGCGCAACUUUCGCGUCACAACGUUCCGGUCGUGCUCGACGCUCCCGGUGUCGGUGCUAACCUCCUGGACCACCCAGCAGUCCCUAUCCGGUUCAAGGAAAAGACGGGAACAGCAUUUAACUAUCUCACGCCUUACAACUUGCGCACAACAUGCUUGUUCAUGCGUGAGUUACUGCGAUACCAACUGUGGGGCACUGGGCCAAUCGCUUCAAACAUCGGCGAGUCUGUAGCAUUUUUCCGAUCAGACGAUCCUGUACUCUUCCCACCCGCGGAGUACAACCAUGACAUCGAAGACGCCAAUUCAGGCCCAGACGCACCCGACAUCGAGAUCAUCAUGUGUACCGCCGCAGUACGCUCAUAUGGCGAACUUAUCGGGAAAUCUUUAUAUGCAUAUCAAAUGCUCGUUACUCUAUUACGUCCCACAAGCAAAGGAUCACUUAUUCUCCAGUCUGCUGAUCCUUGGGAUAACCCGCUCAUGGACCCUAGCUAUCUCGAAACCAAGCAUGACGUUGAUGUACUCGUUCGAGGCCUCCGUGCUGCCUUCAAAAUUGCACACGCAGCGCCCAUGUCAACCUCUGUCACCGACGUGCAUAGCACACACCCUGAACUUGAUCACCACUUCUCUACUCUCAGUGACGGAGAGCUGGCUGAUAUUGUCCGGGACCGCGUGGAGACGCUAUAUCACCCCAUAGGAACGUGUGCGAUGGGUCCUGGUGGCGUUGUGGAUUCGGACUUGCGUGUCAAGGGCACUCAGGGUCUCCGGGUAUGCGAUGCAAGUGUUUUCCCCAAGUUGGUUUCAGGACACCCGACUGGUGCGGUUAUUGCGACAGCGGAGAAGUUAGCGGAUGUUAUCAAGGCUCAAUACUCAUGA